AUGGAAACCGCAGCAACGGCAGCAGCAGCAGCAGCAGCAGCAGUAGCCAGCGUGUGCAGCAGCGCGUGUGCAGCAGCAGCAGUCGCACGGGAAGCAGCAGCCCCAUCAGCCGCAGCAAACGUAGAGGCAGAAACUGCAGCAGCAGCACCAGCAGCAGCCCGACAAAGAGCAGCAGCAGCAGCAGCAGCAGCAGCAGCAGCAUCGAUGAUGGACCGGUGGUUCCCACGGCGCGGCGGCUGGGAAGGCGGCGGCGAGUCGAAUAAGAAGUGCAUCUGCAUGUUUCCUGCGUGGCCGCUGAAGCUGAAGAUUGGGGUUUGGUACAUAGCGGUUGUAUUCCUGACGAUACUGCUGUUUCUGAUCGUGCUGCGGCUGGUGCUGUUUUUGCUGCUGUGGUUUGUGGGGUUUGACUUCUGGCUGCUGCCAAACCUCUUCAAUGAAGACGCGGCCACUCUCUACCACCUCAGCGAAACCCACUCCCCCACAGAUGUCGCCGCCUUCGCCUCGCAGUCUUUCAUCGACGUUUUGGACUGGGGAAGACUCAGACUCGAGGCUCCUUAUUUAAAUACGAGCAACGCCUUGCCCAGCGCGGCGGCGCCUCAAGAGGAAAAUGGAGAAGUCCAGGAAGAGCCAAAUGUCUUGCCAGAUGAAGAAGACUACCGCUGUUUGGCUCCUUGCGGGUACAAGUCCUUCGAAGACUUGAUGGCUUCAAAGUGCCUCGUUAAGUGCAGCUGCAUGCAGGAGUUGGUGGACUCGGACUGCUUCAAGAGCUGUCAAGACACCACAAGGGCGGCGAUCGAGGAGGCGCGCGGCGAUGCAUGCAGAGAGGAGGAGAGCAGAAAAGCUCGGAAGCAAAAGAACAAAAAGUGA